UCCAGAUACCUUCAAACCUAGUCGAUCAAGUUCAUUUUUGAAAGGAAUUUCAUUCAUUCAUGAAAAGAAUCACACGUGUUUGAAUUUGUCUUGUUCAUUCAAUUUUUACAUGGCCUUGAAAUUUUGGAAAUUGUUACAAAAAAAAAGUUAAUUAUUGUAUUUAGUUCGUCUAUUUUAAUUAUUGAUUUUAAAAAUUGUUUUAGUUGGAUUGGCAAUGCAAAAAUGGAAUUUGUUAAAUUUGCGAUGACAAUAUGGACAUUUAUUUUAAUAAACACCAAUGUUAUAGCUUUAAAUACAUCAUCAAUAAUCACAAGUCGAAAUAGUGAUUCCAUAUUUUUUGAAACUAAUCGUUCAGGACCUUGGAGUGAAAUAUUAGAAAAUUGGAUCGUAUCUGAAAAGGGGAAUUUAAAUUCAAGAAAUUCUAGAGUAAUGAAAUUUGGCGAUAAAACAUUAACGAUUUCUCCAAAACCCAAUAGUCCAAAUAAACGUGAUGUCUCUGAAACGGAUCUUUAUCUACUAGGAGCUAUUGAAAAAUUAGUGUACAGAGUGGAUUAUUUGGAAAAACGUUUAAGAAGAGCGGAAGAACUUUUAUAUUAUGUUAUAUCGGGAAAUAAUAAUAAUCCAAAGAAAGAGAAGGAGCCGUGUCCACAAAAUUAUACAAGAGUUGUAAGCAAUUGUUACUACUUUAGUACACGUGAAUUUGAUUGGAAAUCUUCGGCGAGUUUAUGUCGAGGAAUGGGCGGAAAUUUAGUUGAAUUUCGAAAUGUCGAAGAAAAUCAAGAUAUUGUUGCAUUUCUUCAAACUGACAAGAAAUUUAGGGGUAAAAAUUUUUGGACCGGUGGAUUAAAUCCCGGACUUUUGUGGAUUUGGGCGGCAAGUGCAAGACCCGUUUAUCAGGACACAAAACAAACUGUCACGGGAGAUGGAAGAUGUUUGAAAUUAGAUUUCAAUCCAGCAUCCCGAAUUUAUUCCUACAAAGGUGAAGACUGCGGUUCAAGGCAACGGUAUAUUUGUGAAUUGACAAAAGACGAUGAAUCAGCUAAUAAAAUCGCACGCACCGCACGUUCAUUAUUACAUGGAAAUUAGAAACAGUUUCAUAAUAAUUUCCUUUGUAACUUCUAACAUUUUUGAUUAAUAAUUUGUAAAAAAAAAACAAAUUUCACAAUUAUUCUCGUUCUAAAUUAUUAUUCGAAUUUAUUUAUUUAUUUAUUAUUCGAUUACGUUUUUAAAUUUGUUUCAUAAAUAAAUUUUUUGUGUAUUUUAAUAUUAAAAAUUGCCUAGAAGCAGUUGCACAUAUUAUGUGUGUAAAUAUGUAAUUUAUUUUAAAGCGCUUGUAUCACUAACCAAAAGAAUUGAAAUAU